AUGUGUUCGCAGACAGACUACACGGACGCGUGCGAGAAGAGCAUUGGCAAGGCCGCGAACGCCAGCUCGUCAUCGCCCAAGGACAUCGUCCGCAGCGCCGUGGAGGUGAUCGGCGACGCCAUCAGCCAGGCGUUCGACCGUGCGGACCUGAUCCUGAGCAACGACCCGCGCGUGAAGGCCGCCGUCGCCGACUGCAAGGAGGUGUUCGCGGACGCCAAGGACGACCUCAACAGCACGCUCAAGGGCGUCGACGACAAGGACGGCAUCGCCAAGCAGAGCUACCAGCUGCGCGAACAUGGAGACGUGCGUUGA